GUGUGGGUAUGUGUGUGUGAGUGUGUGUGUGUGUAGCGAGUAGGAUGAGCACACACACCUCCGGACGGACCACUUGGAGCUCAGAGCGUGGUGGGCGUCUCGUCAGUGUUUUGCCGGCUGCUUGUGGACACCACAGACUAGGACAGGACAGCACAGCAUAGGCACUACUGAAGGCUGCUUGUGGACACCACAGGACAGGACAGGCACUAGGGAAGGCUGCCUGGACACCACAGGACAGGACAGGACAGCACAGCGUAGGCACUACUGAAGGCUGCUUGUGGACACCACAGGACAGGAGAGGACACCACAGCAUAAGCACUACUGAAGGCUACUUGUGGACACCACAGGACAGGAGAGGACCGGCACUAGGGAAGGCUGCUUGUGGACACCACGGGAUAAGACAGGACCGGCACUAGGGAAGGCUGCCUGGAGCUUGGACAAAUUCUGUGAAGUUCAGAUAGCUGCUGUCCGGACCAUCCACUGCCAUCAGCAUCUGUUUGUGUGUGUGUGUGAGUGUGUGUGUUUGCGAUCGUGUGUGUUGUAAUUUUUAUUUAUUUUUUACUGUAUGUGUGUGGGCGGUGGCCGCCCCGUCUGGCCUGAUGGUUGUGAGUGUGUGAGUGCUGUUUGAGGGACCCACCUCUGGUCCUCUUCUGGCCCUCCUCCGGCCCACCCGCCUCUGGCCGCCAUGGGCUCCUCGACGCUGGGCAAGGCUGCCACCCUGAGCCAGCUGCUGGAGGCCUGCAUACAUGCUUUUGAUGACAAUGGGGAGCUGCAGGGGAACUUGUUCCCCAGGACAGUACUGCUGAUGCACCGCUGGUACGUCACCUCCACCGAGUUGGCCGGCAAGCUGCUGAUGCUCUAUCGCCACUGUGAGGGAGAUGACUGCCAAAGGACGCGACUCAAAAUCUGCUACCUAAUGAGGUACUGGAUAGUGGAGUUUCCUGCUGAGUUUAACCUGGACCUGGGCCUCAUCCGCAUGACUGAGGAGUUCAGGGAUGUGGCCGCACAGCUGGGACGCCAAGACCACUUCAAGCUCAUCGACAUCUCCACCAUCCCGUCGUACGACUGGAUGAGGAAGCUGACCCAGCGUAAGAAGCAGGCGAAGAAGGGCAAGGCCUCGCUGCUGUUCGACCACCUGGAGGCCAUGGAGCUGGCCGAGCACCUCACCUUCCUGGAGUACAAGUCCAUACGCAGGAUAUCAUUCACAGACUACCAGAGCUACGUGAUCCACGGCUGCCUGGUGGACAACCCGACUCUGGAGCGCUCCAUCGCCCUCUUCAACGGCGUCUCCCAGUGGGUGCAGCUCAUGGUGCUCAGCAAGCUGACGCCGCAGCUACGCGCCGAGGUCAUCACCAAAUACAUCAACGUGGCACAGAAACUCCUUCAGCUGCAGAACUUCAACACCCUGAUGGCCGUGGUGGGAGGCCUGAGCCACAGUUCCAUAUGUCGCCUGAAGGAAACCCACUCCCACCUCUCACCUGACGUUACCAAGAUUUGGAACGAGAUGACGGAGCUGGUGUCCUCGAACGGUAACUACUGCGCGUACCGCAAGGCGUUUAACGAAUGCGAGGGCUUCAAGAUCCCCAUCCUGGGGGUGCACCUCAAGGACCUGAUCGCCGUGCACGUGGUCUUCCCCGACCUUGUGGAGGGCACCAAGGUCAACAUGGUGAAGAUGCAGCAGCUCUACGUGACCUUCAGCGAGCUGGUGGCGCUGCAGAGCUCGCAGGCCCAGGUGGAACCCAACAUGGACCUCAUACACCUGCUCACGCUGUCACUAGAUAUCUAUUACACUGAGGAUGAGAUUUAUGAACUCUCGCUGGUGAGAGAGCCACGUAACCCCAAAUCACUACCCACUUCUCCCACCACCCCCAACAAGCCCCUCGCUCCUCUGGACUGGGCCUCGGGGGUCACCACCAAACCGGACCCCUCGGUAGUCAACAAACACAUCAGGAAAGUGGUGGAUUCUGUCUUUAGAAACUACGACCAUGACCACGACGGCUACAUAUCCCAGGAGGACUUUGAGAGCAUUGCCGCCAAUUUCCCCUUCCUGGAUUCAUUCUGUGUCUUGGACAAAGACCAGGAUGGGUUGAUCAGUAAGGAUGAGAUGAUAGCCUACUUCCUGCGUGCCAACCCGCUGCCUCAGUGUAAGAUGGGGCCGGGCUUCAUCCACAGCUUCCAGGAGAUCACCUACCUGAAGCCCACCUUCUGUGAACACUGUGCAGGCUUUCUAUGGGGAAUCAUUAAACAAGGCUUCAAAUGCAAAGAUUGUGGGGUAAACUGCCACAAACAGUGUCGGGAGCUGCUGGUGUUGGCGUGCCGGAAACUUCCGCGUUCGGCGUCGCACGGCAGCGUGUCACCCGGCGGACCCCUCACACACAGCUCUCUCCCCAGCAGCCCCGCCCUGCCAACCUGCAAAGAUGACGACGAGGUGUUUGACUUCCCCAGUGUCGGUGGUGUCGUUGCGUCCUCCUCCGCCGUCCCUUCCCUGGAGGGCGGCCAGUCCAUCACGCUGAUGACGGGCACGGCGCAGCGCAUCUCGGUGCGGCUCCAGAGGGCCACCACCAGCCAGGCCACGCAGACCGACCCCCUGUGGGCCACCGCCGCGGACCACAACCACGGCUGGCCCGGCUCCGCCAUCGACGGGGGGUCCCACACCUUCCCCAAGAUGAGGUACCGGCCGCACCGCAAGUCGUCCAAGGGCAAGGGGUUCGCGCGCUGGGAGAACGAGACCACGGCGGCGGCGGCAGGGGUGACGGCGGCGGCACAGGGCCAGCCCAGGAGCAGUCGCCGGGACUCACAGGAGCAGACGGAGGGGUCAGGGCCCGGGUCGGGGCCCGGGUCGGGGAUGGGGUCGGGGACGGGGCCAGAGGCGAUGCAGUGCAACGGAGUGGCUACGCACAGACAGAAAGCAGACGACACAGGGCUAAUGGAAGACAGCUGACUUGUCCACCCUGAGGGCCAGAGUCGGAGCCACCAGCCACGCCGGCCCUCAGCCACGCGCCCGAGGAGACUGUCCUCGCUGGGGGAGGUGUUGGGGUGCCUGAGACCCCUCUUCAGUGACCAGGACUAGGGAUGUCUCUCUCUCUCUCUGAGAACAGGACUAAGGAUGUCUCGCUCUCUCUAUGAGACAUCUCCACAGUGAACAGGACUAAGGAUGUCUCGCUCUCUCUGUGAGACCUCUCUUGAGUGACCAGUACUAGGGCUCUCUCUCUCUCUCUGGGCCUUUCCUGCAAUAGACUGACAGACCGACACACAGGCUGUGGUCUCUGAGCCUCUCUGUCCUGCAGUGGACAGAGAGACCCCUGGAAUCGAGGGUUAAGGCUCUCGCUCUCUCUCUGGGCCUUCCCUGCAACAGACGGACAGACAGGCAGACAGACGGCAGACAGGCUAUGGAUUCUGAGCCUGCCCUGCAGUGGAGAGAGAGAGCGCUGGAUGGAUGGAAGGUUGAUUGGACAUGGGCUGGGAGAUGGCCCAUGUCCGUAGAGAUGGCCAUACGUUAUGAAGAGAGGAGUCUGUGUGGAUAAAGCAUCACACCCAGCCUGUUCUCUCCCGUUAGGGGCGUGGAGGAAAAUGAAGGGAUGUGUUCUCAUGACUUUUGCUGUGGGCCUACCUGGUUGGCCGGAUUGUGUUCUCGUAACUUUCCUACAGGCCAGAUGAGGACAACAGUCGUCUGGUCCACGGCAUCAGAGGACUUGACCAGCCAAGCGUUACGUAAUCUAGGGUCAUGGGGUCAAAGGUCAUGGGGUCAAGGGGUCAUGUGAAAGUCAGCGAGACUGGGUUUGGAGGUCAAACAUGUACAGAAAUGAGAAUGUUCUACAGAAACGAGAGUGUUGUAGUAUAUAAAGGGCAACUACAGUAUGUGAAAAAUGCUGAGACACUGGUAAAGUUAAAGACAGUAGCUUGCUACCACUACGUGUAUGACAAGUGGGUGGCACUUUGAAUGUUGAAAAUGGGUCGAUUGAUUGAACAUAGUACGUGUGAAGUAGUGACUAAUAUAAGAUAGGAUGUGGAUCGUGCCAAGGAUUAUGUAUACCAGAAGGUUUAAGGAUGUUACGAACGUAUAGGAGUGGAAAGGUGAGCUGAUACACAUGGUAUGUUUUUAUUUAAAGAAGAAAAGGACUAUGAGUGCUGACAUUUUGAUUUGUCUGAUAAAUUGUCAAUGAUAAUAUUUUUUGUGCCAAUUUUUUGGUGAUUUCCAAGAAUAAGGUACUGUCUUGACUGACUAUAGAAUUUGUUUAUAUACCACAGUGAUGGGGGUGUUGCUUUUUUAUGACAUGAAAAUCUAGUCAGUUUCUUGUGAACAAACACAGGUAAAUUUAUACCACAAAAGGGAUUUAGAUAAAUGGAAUGGCAGUAUGACUUUUUUUUUUUUGGACGUUAUCACACCACUUUUAUUGUUAUUCUUUGGACUGCCAACUGCGCCAUACAACUCAAAGACUUCAAACUGUGACAUUUGACUUAUAUCUUAGGAUUAAAUAAUCAUCACAGUAUAUAAUUGGUCAGCAAAGACAAUCUAUCAUUACACACACAGGCCUCCUGUCAGGAUCUGGCAAGCGGUAGGGAAGAGUUAGCAAGGCCGCGCCCUCCUAGUGACGCAACACCUUUAGCAUUGCUACCAGUGAGGUCUCAAGAGCAAUGCAAGUACUUUCUGAGCUCCCGAAGAAUUGGGAACUUCUCCCACUUUUUUGGGAAGCAAACAAACAUUAGCAAACCAAGGGAGGCGGUUUGGAAAAUGCCGUUUGGGAAAUAUUUAUUGUCAUGCUCUUGGUCAGACUAAGUCUCGAAGAGAUUUGAAAGUUGAUGAUAAUCAGGCUAGGGCAGAGUGGCAGCUGCCAGAUCUCUCUCCCUCCCUCCCCCUCUCUCUCUCAUCUGCAGGCCAGGUGUAGUGCUGGCGGUGGCAGUAGGUACAUAGGUAGGGUGUUCAGGGCAGGUGCAUAUUUGCCUACCGUUGCCAGGCAUCAGACGCAUGAGCCAAACAUGUAACUACGUAUCACCAUGGCGAUAUUGGAGAAGUACGUAAAAGAAUAGAGCAGGCGCUUUGCCAUCUGUACAAAAGGAUCAUACCCCACCCCACGCCACGCCACGCCACGCCACGCCACACCCCCUCACCCUCCCCAACUUCUUCAAUCCAACCACCUCUUGCCUAUAAGGAGCAGGACGGGAGCAGGUGGAUGUGACAUGUAUAGGUGACAUGUAUAGGUGACAUUUAUAGGUGACAUGUAUAGGUGACGAGAAUUGGGGCUCAACUUUGGCUUUACUUUUGGGGGAAAAAAAACAAUGUCAGUGCCAAGAGGACUGCGUUUUUCUUCAAGCUAGAAAGAAUGUGAUUAAAAAAUAUUCCCUAUUUUAUUGCGGGUGAAGUUUGGCUUACUGGCUACAUCCAACUGACAGGGCACCUCAGCCUGCUUGUUCUGUAUUUUCUUUUCUUUUUCUUUUAAAAUAUAAGAUCCAUCAGCAGUGAACAAAAACAAGGAGAUGUUUGAUGAGUCCAUGCUGUAUAAAGUUCAGAUCACCAACACUAAAUAAAUUCAAGUCAAUGGUUCAGAACGUUGACCAAAAAAAAAACCCCAACCCACGUCAAAUAAGAAGAAGCAGGGUCAUUUUAUGCUGUUUUGUCAGCACCAGUACACAGCAUACUUUUGACAGACGCCACAUUUCUAUUAGAGAAUGGACCCUCCCUGUGGUUCAGUUGCUGUUACCUGCAUCAGGUGGGAUCCAUAUGUGAGAUAUGAGAGCACAUGAUAGAGCAAAGAGAAGGGGGCGCACCUUGCAUCAAACGGUUUUCUUUAUUUUUGUGCACAGGCGCGUUUCGGCGUGUGCCUUCCUCAGUGUGCAGUGUUGAUGCAAGGUGCGCCCCCUUCUCUUUGAUUCUAAGUGUUUUAUUUGGGCCAGCACCCUCAAAAUUAAUCAAGAAACCUGAGUGAAGCCUGCUACCUGCCACACUACAUGAUACUAUAGACCAACCAUAUCACACCUCACUCACUUCACUAUUAGCCUACUGACUGUGUCAAGCAUCUAUGGUUACGGCCUCACCAGGAGAAAUGUAGCAUUUGGCAGGGAAAAAAGAUGUAUUUAAGCACACAGGGGACUGACUGCAGUGAAUAUUUUGAGAGCGUUAAAUUGUAUUCACUUUGUGCACACAGUUUCAGUACAUGCUGUUGUUUUUACUUUUCUAUUUAUUUUUUAAUGUGUCUCAUAACUUUACAUCAAUAUUUUUCUGGGGCAUAUGCCAUACAUGGGGAAGCCAACACAGAGUGGGGUGCGGGGGAGGCAGUUGUCCCCAACCCAGGGACAGAAUUGAGUCAUCAUUACAUUGUAUGUAUUGGGUGAGGGGGCCCCACUGAGUUUAAAAGGACAAGGGAAAACACACACUACUAGCGACUACUACUGCCAGAAGGGAGCGUUCGUGGAGAUGAGCAACGUUCUCACAUGCUGACAGGGCUGAACUGGGGGGAGAAAUAGGGCCCGGGCACUUUUGGCUUAAAGGGGCCCCUCAUAAUUAGCGUUGCAGAACUGAAUCACCGGUGGGCCCUGCACCCUCGUGGGCCCCUAUUUUCAGAAAUGCACUUUUUUUUUUGGACAUUUCUGAAAAUAGGGGCCCAUUGGGAAAUGCCCGCUACGCCAGAUGGCGAGUCCAGCCCUGACUGCAGUUACUCAUGGACACUCUUACUCAAAAUAGUUUUAUUAUUUAAAGCUGGUCUUGAGACAAACAAAAAUGUACAUUAUUAUUUUAUUUAAUUUUAUUUAACAAUAUUGCAGGUCAAAUGUUAUUUUUGUACUACUACUACUACGCAUAUUUUAUUUUAGCGAUUUGUUUUUGUAGAGAAUUUGGUAGGCCUAUUUAAUCUUUCCAACAUUUGGUAUUAUUAACAUGUAUGUUCAUCGCAUCACUAUAUGUUUUAGUUUAUUAACACUGGCAAAAUUGGCAAAAUAAUUUGAAAGAUAUUAGUACAUUUAGAAAACAAAUGUGGAAAACAAUGUAGGUUUUGCUACCAUGAAUCGCAAAAAAUGUUCAAGUACAAAAUACUGGACAGGUGUUGUAGUACUGUCACCAAGUGUUGCAUUUAACGGACUGAGCAGAUGUGUGGCUGAUAACACUGACACUGAACCAUAGCUAAGCCUUCAAGUUGUAACUACUGAUGGCUCCGUUUAAAAAAAGAAUCAUGCCGCUUGAUCUGUGGUAUAAAUUAAUACAUUGAGCCUAAAUGUUUUGAAAAAUGUAAUCUGCAAACCAACUGAAGAAAAGUAUUUUUUUUUCAUGUAAAGAAAUAUGUAUAUGUGGACAUAUUGGCCCAUUAGAUUGCAGAAGAAUAACAUUGUAGAAAAACAUUAUUCAAUAGUAGAAAAUACACAGAGUGAGCAGUGUGGAGUCCCUGGGCCUGGGACCAAAGGGAGCUUGUAGGGGGAGUGAGAUAGUGCCUUUGCUCCGGUCCUGAGGCCUAUCUAUACUAGAAAAUGAGGACUCCAGGCUCUUGUAUUAGAUGAUUUACCUGGUCUCCUGAACCCGCUUCUUAGUAUACCGUUCUGGGGUAUGCCAAGAACUUGGCUAAGUACUAGUUAUCCAGGUUACGGUAAUAAUGAGAUAGUGGUAAAUAAAUCAUCUAAUACAAGCGCCUGUAGUUCUUAUUUUCUGAACUAAAUGAGACAAGCUGACUAUCUUUUAUCAGAUUUACCACUUCAUGCAGGUUAAUUUAGCCAGGUUUAUCACUUAACCAUGUUCUUUGACUACUCUGCUGGUUCUUGCUGACAUAAGUGGGUCAUGUUGGCAUACCGUCAAACUUCAAACAAAAAAAAUAAACAAAAACAAUAAACUCAAAAACCUCAAGACUUUUGUUUGUGAAACUUCACGUUCACCUCUGUGGUCGCAUUCACUUUUCACCUUUGACUUAGGCCUACCUGCAGCCUGGCAGUGUCGCCUCUUCUGUUGCGUCUAAAAGUUUUUGGUUCUGUCUCUUCCCGACAAAAUAAGGGAUAUCUUCACAUGAAUAAAAAAAGAACAUGGUUAAUUUUGUCUCUGUACUUUUGAUCACUAUUUUUGACCUGUGCCAUUUUGGAUGACUAAAUGAAUAAAGCAUUGGCCUCUU